AUGUAUGCUCAGCAGCCUCUUGCUUAUGCUCCGACACCUUACAGCUAUACUCCUAACAUAGCCAGGUCCGCGUCUAUCAAUCUAGACGAGGAAGUGAAACUCGCCUCGAGCUCAGCGGAGCGCGACCUAUACGAGUCUCUAGGUGAAAUCUACAGCAUUAUAUUGACGCUCGAUGGAUUAGAGAAGGCAUAUAUCAAGGAUGUUAUCACCGAGGCGGAGUAUUCCGAGACAUGCACUCGACUUCUGAAGCAGUACAAAUCCAGCUUGGGUGACGACACCGUCGCCAGGGAGUUUGUUGACUUGGAAACAUUUAAGCGAACUUGGGGGCUCGAAUGCGCCCGUGCCACCGAACGCCUGCGGGUCGGAGUUCCUACGACAGUCGAACAGGCCUCGCACAGUGGCCCUUCAACCAACAAGGCUCCCGGAGCGGCCGGAUCUACUGGCGGCGCAUCCGGUACUCUGAUUUUGACGGCCACGGAGAACUUCAUUACUUUCCUUGACGCACUGAAGCUCAAAUUGGUCUCCAAGGACGCACUUCAUCCGCUACUCUCGGAAGUUAUCCAGUCAGUCAACAAGGUGACGGACGUGGAUUUUGAAAAUCGGGGGAAAAUCAUUCAAUGGUUGAUCACUUUAAACCAGAUGCGUGCAACUGAAGAGCUGGGUGAAGAGCAAGCCCGAGAGCUAGCGUUUGACAUCGAGUCAGCGUACCAGGGAUUCAAGUCGACACUGGAGUAG